AUGGUGGAGAACCCAAUAAAUAAGGCGCGAAGAUUUAGAGAUGGAUCGAGACCCGACCUUCGCGAUCGGAUGAUUGCGCUGAACUUGAGGACUUAUGAAGAAAUGUAUGAGCGAGGUCAGAUGAUUGAAAGAGACAUGAAGGAGAGGGCUGCCGCAUCCGGUUCGCGGUUUGCUCCCGUCGGGGAUAAUCGUCAAGCUGGCAACAGGCCAAUGGCGGGUAAUAGACGCUUUAUCCCUCCAGUUCGGAAAAACAUUGGGAAGCCCAACCAUCAGGCCAAUUGGAAUUGUCGCAUGUGCGGCAGAAGGCACGGGAAUGGACCCCGCCCAAGCGGAACGGGCGCGUGCUUCAAGUGUGGCCAGCUGGGUCACCAUGCAAGAAACUGCCCGAGUCAAGUUCCGGGACCGCAAUCGCAAGGACAACGACCCCAAUAUGGACCGCCAGCGGAGCUGCCCGCGAGAACAACCUUGAAUAGACCGCCAGCUCAAGGACGAGUGUAUGCUGUAGCUCGCAAGGAAGCGGAAAAUGCACCUGGUGUGGUCACAGGUACGGUUACAUUAUGCAAUCAUGCUGCCUAUGCAUUGUUUGACCCUGGAGCAUCGCACUCAUUUGUAUCUGCCUAG